CCAAACACAUAAUAGUGAACUCAAUCUUGAAUUCCUCCAAGCUGAUUAUCAAAUCAUUGCUCAAAAUCUUGGUUAUCAUCCAUUAGCUGCAAAAUAACAAAAAAAAAUCAACUUGCAUUCCAGCAUCGGUUCCAGUUGUGUUGCAAAUUCCACGAAAAUUAACAACCAAAAGAUGCAAUUUUGCACCCUCGUAGUCGUAUGAGCUGUUUAUGCCUUGGUUUUUUUCUUCCUCUCACAUGAAUUAUGAUUUAAUAAACGCACCUCCGAUGUGAUUGCUCGAUCAACGCGAUUUGUGUGCCGUUAACCAUAUUACAACUCAGAAAUGAUAGCUUUUUUCGCGCCAACCGCGCCGCCGCGAUCUUGUAGUAAAAGUUUGCAAUUUCAAGAAGCGCGCCCGCGUGCUUUUGGUAAAACACUAUACGAUUUACAUGGCCGUUCGGACUCUGCUGGUGGUUAUUAUGACGGACUUUUGUUUUUCGUCCGAGCAUAGUUUUCCAUCUGGAAAAUCAAUAAACCGUAACCGAACUCCAUUGCUUUCCCUUUUCAUAAUGAUAGUGAUAAGGUAGCAGCUUAGAUUUGAUGAUUUUUUGUUUCUCUUGGAUUAAUCUACUCGCCAAAAGACUGUGUUUAACAAAUUGCUUUUCUUCCCUCUCUCGUUGUAGCUUCCUUACCUGGAACGGCAUUGGCCCACAAGUUGGUGGUGGCAAUUCGCCAGAAAUGCACCCCCGAAGAUGUGCUGAACGAGCUGAAAGAUCUACCGAACCCGAGAGAAACCUCCGAGAACGACAUGGUCGAGUCAACCUUCAACCCGUUGAAAAUCGAUGUCUUCGUGCAGACGCUGCUUAAUUUGGGUUCCAAGAGCUUCUCACACACAUUUGCGGCCAUCUCCAAAUUCCAUCUGGUGUUCAAGUCAUUAGCGGAGACGGAAGAGGCACAGAUCUGCAUUUUGCAUAACGUUUUUGAGCUGUGGGGAGACCAUCAGCAGAUGAUGGUUGUGAUCUUCGAUAAGCUGCUGAAGACCCAGAUCGUGGAGUGCUCAGCAGUUGCGACGUGGGUAUUCUCGAAGGAAAUGGUUGGCGAGUUCACCAAGAUGUAUUUAUGGGAGAUUCUGCAUCUGACGAUCAAAAAGAUGAAUCAACACGUCACCAAAUUGAGUAAGGAAUUGAGCGAUGCCAAGGAACGGUUAGAUAGAAACGCCGAAUCUUCGUCCAGUGACACAGACGGAGAAGGGGCAGCCGCAGCCGCAGAAGCAGGAGAAACGGGCGUCACGCCUCCAGUUCGCCGACGGAAGAAGAUUACUGGCGACGACAGUGACAAACCAACCGAGGAGCAGGUGGAACGUAUGGAGGAACGUCUGGAGGCAGCGUACGUCGAUCAAAAGCGACUGUUCUUGAUUAUCUUCCAGCGAUUCAUUAUGAUUCUGUCGGAACAUCUGGUCAAAUGUGACACGGAUGGGCGAGAGUACGAUACCGAUUGGUACCGAUGGACAGUCGGUCGAUUACAGCAGGUUUUCAUGAUGCACCACGAACAAGUACAAAAGUACAGCAGCACAUUAGAAAGUUUACUGUUCACAUCGGACAUCGACCCACACAUACUGGACGUAUUCCAUCAGUUCACGGCCCUGAGGUCGUAAAUGGGAAAACAUUAGAAGUAGUCAGUAAUAUCAAUUUUUAUUUCAAAAAACAUUAUCCCCUCUCAGGUAAGUACGCUUGAGGUUACUCUAUUCUUGAACGGUGACGACGAUAUGGAAAGUUUAGUGCUGCAGUUUAGAAAAGAAAAUGCUAUCCUGCACACCGCCACAACUGAUUUGUAAUCCUUUGGAUAAAGAAUUAUAUUGAACACGACUGCAAAAACUUGAAAGGAAGACAAAUAUAAUCAUGCUCGUUGAAUCAA